GUUAUAACCCUGGAAGGAUGGGUUGACAUCAUGUAUUAUGUUAUGGACGCUCACUCUUUUUACAAUUUUAUAUAUUUUAUACUACUUAUAAUAGUCGGUUCUUUCUUCAUGAUUAACUUGUGCCUGGUUGUGAUAGCAACACAGUUUUCUGAAACCAAACAGCGGGAGAACCAGCUGAUGCAAGAGCAGCGAGCCCGCUACCUCUCCAACGACAGCACAAUCGCCAGCUUCUCCGAGCCAGGGAGCUGCUAUGAAGAGCUCCUCAAAUACAUCUGCCACAUCUUCAGGAAAGUCAAACGGAGGUCCCUGCGCCUCUACAACAAUUGGCAGAGCAAGCGGAGGAAAAAAGUCAACCCCAACAACGGCGGAGACGACGUUCAGGGCCCCCAGAGUGGCAAGCGGCGCAUCACGUCCAUCCAUCACUUGAUCCACCACCACCACCACCACCAUCACCACUACCACAUCAGCAACGGGAGUCCCCAGGGGCCAAGGGCCAACCCAGGGAUUUGUGACCUGGAGCUGGAUGUCAUGAAGCCGGGAAGCCAGCUGAUGCUUCCUCCAUCUUCACCCAGCCACCCAAGCGGUGGAGCUGCAGAUACGGAGUCCAUCCACAGCAUCUACCACGCCGACUGCCACGUGGAAGGGACCUCGGUGAAAUGCAAGUCUUCCAGCAUUGCUGCAGGUAGCAAAGCUGCCAAUCACGGCAGCAUGAACUACCCCACCAUCUUGCCUUCUCCGGCAAACAAAGCCAGCGUCCCUCCCGCGUCCAAAGGGAAGAAAAAUGAGGGCGGUGAGGCGACCUCUCCCAUGCCCGUGGUCAGCAGCCCAGCCCACCUGAACGCAGAUUGCUAUGGGAAGCUCCAACAUCUAGUGGGAGAACGUGG